GCCACCAUACGCCUCAUCUCCUCCACCAGCGCGAGAGGAUCAGAGAGAGGGAGAGCAGGAGGGACGUGAGGACAACAGCAGCAUCCAUGACCAGCAUCUCCCUUACUGGGGGAGAAAGGGAGGAAGAGUGGAAAAAGUGAGGAAGGAAGAUAAGUUUUCAGUUGGAGGGAGGACAAGUGUGGGAGAGUUUGGACUGAGAGAGCUUGGUGGCUGGUGGGAGGCAGUGGGGGGAUCAGGAGCUUAAUUUCCCCUUUGUUUUUAUUUUUGGCUGUGAGCACCACCUGCCACCUCUCUUCUCCCCCUCCUCCUUCCUCUUCCUCCUCAUCCUCUUCUCCGCUCCUCUUCUCAUCCCGACUCUCCUCUCCCAGCUCCCGUCGUGGGGUCUCAGCUCUCCCUCACCUUCCCCCCCUCCCUCGCUCCCUACCUCCCCCGGGUGCUGCUGCGAGCCUCCGGGCUGCUGCGCAGCAGGAGGAUGUCUCGCAGGGAGUCUCCGCCACCCUCGCCACCUCCGCAGGUGCUGGGGGUCCGGAGAGGAGAGGUGGAGCCCGACGACCGUCCGGAGCGAGCCGAGCCGCUGUCCGACGCCGAGAGGGAGAUCAUCCAGGACACGUGGGGGCACGUCUACAAGAACUGCGAGGACGUGGGGGUGUCUGUGCUCAUAAGGUUCUUUGUCAACUUUCCAUCGGCCAAACAGUACUUCAGCCAGUUUCACGACAUGGAGGAUCCAGAGGAGAUGGAGCGAAGCAGCCAACUUCGCCACCAUGCCUGCAGGGUGAUGAACGCCCUCAACACCGUGGUGGUAAACCUCAACGACCCAGAGAAGGUGACGGCAGUGCUGGCCUUGGUGGGGAAGGCCCAUGCUAUCAAACACAAGGUGGAACCCAUGUACUUCAAGAUCCUGAGCGGUGUGAUCCUGGAGGUGAUGGCUGAAGAUUUCCCAGAAUUCUUCCCGGUAGAGGUGCAGAUGGUGUGGACCAAACUGAUGGGGGCGGUGUACUGGCACGUGACGGGGGCCUACACAGAGGUGGGCUGGCUCCAGGUCUCCAGCUCGGCAGUGUGAAGAGUUUGGAAGUAGAGAGGGGUAAAAUAGUUAUAACUUGCAAGGAGUUCUUUGAGGAUGGUUUCACAGACAUGGACAAGAUAAACGUGGUAAUCCGUGCAACUCUGUACUUUAUCUUGGUGGCAUUCUAGGUGUUAAGCCUUCAUUGCAGUGGUGUUUCUACAUUGCAUAGCCCAGAUAUCACCUGGACACCAAACCAUGUAGCCAGGAAACAUUUGACUUUUCUUCUAGUAAAGUUUUAGUCAGUGUAAGAGGUACUUUUUGUCUAUGUUUAUAGCAGGGAAGCUAUGACUGCUAAUGCUAACUAUCCAGUUUGUCUACUGUUUAAUUGACAAAUGACCCUUUGCUAAUCCCUGCCUCCCUUAGUUACUGAUGCUAGGCCCUUCAAGCUUUUAAAUCUAGUAACAUAUUCGGUGUACGUGGAAAUCAGCUACAUACUGUAUAAUGCUGAAAGGCUGAAGCUACAUGUCCUUAAAGUAAACACACAUCACAUUGUAACACUUGUUGUUCUUGUAUUGUAGCACAUCUGUAUACACUAGUUCUAGCAUUGAGGUACCCUUAUAUUAAAAAGUAAUAAUAAAACAUUAUUAUAAGGAGAAAAAACCCUGGGAUACUUUAUAUGUAGACUAAUGAGAUAGUUAGCUUAACAUGCUAGAACUUGAAGUGUAGGUUUGAGCAGACAAACAAAAUAUGUAUCUAGUGUACAUUUAUACUAUCUGAGUGCUGUUUAUAUUAUAAAAAGCACCCUCAAAACUCUUCAUAACUCUUACUACAUCUUCAUCCACUCUGUUUUGGCAUCCAAUGAAAGUACAUUUCAACAGGCCUGAUGUGUGUAGUUACAGCUAACAUUAUAUGUUGGACAUAGUAGUUCACGGUAAUGCUAGGGUUUUACUGAACAGUCAGCUGGGGAUGGCAGAAACAGAAGUUUAUUUUCAAGAAAAUGUUGCGGAUUAUGACUUUACAUGAUGAGUUCAUUUCUGUGGAAACCUUUAGUGAGCGAAGCACCUCCUGGCUAAGCCGCACAUAUGAAUACACCUUAUGAUAUUUUGAAGAAGAGAUUAAGAAUUAUGUAGACAGGAAGUCAUUUUUAAGCUCUGGGAGGGGGCAGGUAGUUGUUAAAGCCCCGGCUAUGGGACCAUGGAGCUGCUGACUGUUAAUAGUUCCUCUUUGUGUCCUACUAAAGUAUAUCCUCAUGUUUAGGGGAACCGUGCCCCUUUCUCUCUCUAUUGAUGCAUUGCGUGCUCUUAAUGUCUUGUUUAACUUAACCGAGGUGUUGUUUGUAUAAGUGUAGGCUACAGUGGGCAAGUGUGCAUACUCUUCUGCCUUUGUUUACAACUCAUGAUGCGUCCUUCUGUUGAUGUGUUAAACAUGGCUGUUUUUUCUUUGCUAAAAGUCUAGCAACAAUGCUUUGAUUUUCCUUUUGCUUUUCACUUUCAUUACACGCUACCACUGUAAAAGGGCGAUGGAAAAAAUCAGCAGGUGGUCACAAUCAUCAACUGCACACGUACACACUCACACAGACAGGCUAUAAGACCUUCCCUGUGCUAAUAUUUACAGGCCUGUCAGUUAGUUUACUUCUUCUAACCCCCAUCAGAGAGACAUGAGGCAUUAAAGGCUCCAUUAAGGGCUUUAGAAAGUCCCUCUGGAGGUCUACUGGAAAACAUGUCAGCUUUAGAAUUGCCAUCAGUCUGUUUUACUUAAAUCUCUGACCCAUCUUACACAAGAAAUUAUAUCUUACAUCUAAACAAUAAUGCAACCUGCAUACUGACAACAUUCUUCACCUGACCUAACCUUCGUCACUGGUGCUUCAGUAAUCACAGUCUUUGGACUGCAUGCUCUCCCACUAGCCGUCCCCAUCUGCAAGUCUCUCUGGUCAAUUUCAAAACAUACACGGCAAAUCUGUUUAGGAUGGACAUUUGAUCCAAUCUUCAGUUUGCAUCUGCUCCAGUGACGUCCUGUAUCUCCCAUUUGACCCAGCUUGGCAUCGGCAUCUGGCAUUAAUGAGGAGGUAACGAGUCUCCUCUCCUCCUCAUUUGGUCGUUCAUCUACUGUCACUUCCCAUUGCCUCUGUUAGGAUCGUGUCAGCGUGAACAAAAAAAAUGAUGACAGGAUAGAUGGUCUGAAAACUGCCACAACACGACAGCCAUUCACAACAAUGCUUUAUCAACAUGUCUUUGAUUUAAUUUAAACAUUUAAAUAAUGUAUCCAAAAACCUUUCCUUAAAAAACAGCUUCGCUUUGGAAACCAGAAAAAAUAAUGGCAUCCCCAAGUUGUACAUUUAACUUAAUCUUUAAAGUAGGCCAAGUGGAAUAUUAUAAACGUAUCAUCAUCAAGAACAGCUUGUUUCUGAUUGCUUUGUGUCAUGCAUAUAAGAAUUGCGAGUUUAACCAAAACUGCCAUUUGUUGUUGCUCACAAAACCACUAAGCUCUCCUUCUGUACCGACAGUAAAUACAAUGGGAUAUAAAUGCUUCUUAUUUAGGGUUGUAAUUAUUUAUUUGCUAAUUAAACAUCCCAUGUGAUUUUGUUUACAUUCCCUUCCAAAGUCUUUCCAUUAUUACACUUUGUCGUCUGGAUAACUCUUGCUAACUGGAAAUAUUGAAGACUUGUUUCUUUAUCGAAAAGCAUCACAUUUAUAGACUCUUUUCACAGCAGACCGUGAUAUUUUGACUUUUCAUAGAGGAAAAAGCACAGGGGGAACUAAUACCAUUAACGAUGACUCAAUUCCUGAAGACAUUGCUUUACAUUUUGAUUGCAAUUUUAGAAUUUCAUAUUUAUUAAAAUGGUUCUAUGUGAGCUACAUUAAAUAUCGAGAAGUGUCCCUUCUGAAAACAUGAACAACUUAAUAUCUUGUUAUCUUGACAAAACGGUUUCCUUGAGAUAGGGAGAAAAGGACCAUGGAAUUAAAAAAUCCUGAGAGAACACGAUAUUUUUACUUGGGAUCAUGAUAAGAGGAUUAAAAUAAUAAUUGCGACUACAGCCAAUCUUCAGUACCUGCAAUAACUGCCUUUCACAUAAAACACAAAUUCACUAAGAGCUCUCUUUAAACAAGUUCCUCUUCAAGUUAAGUUAUAGUGUUGUGAGCCAAUAAAUGGAUAAAAAUACACAAAAGAGUCUAACAAACCUCAAAGUAAACUAUUUCCACUUUGACUCAAAAAGCCGUCGAGGCAGUAAAGCUGUUGUCAGUCAUAAAUGAUCCGCUUCAAAAUAUACACCAGUCCUAUUCUUUGCCCGACUUCUGACGUCAGCUUCGCCCUGAGGUCAAGCCACAGGCAGCUCGAGGUUCAGGAGUAUUUUUGUUAAGCAAAGGUCCCCCGACAUCUUGUUUAUUAAACACUGAGUGGUGUGAAAACCUGUCUGCACACACACGCGCGCACGCACGCACGCACGCACACACACACACACACACACACACACACACUUAUGUGCAGACACAUCCCAAGAUAGCUAACUUGCUUUCUUUACGGCUUUUCUCACAAACACAUAUGGUCUUGCAUUUAAUUGGUGAGUUGGGCAUGUCCUUGCAUGCCAAGUGUACUACAGCAGCACUUAAUCCAAAAUCCGCUCAUUAAUUCAUUUCACAUGUUUUCUUUUAGCAAAUAAGGGAAUCACAGCAUAUAUGAAACGUGAAAAGUGUUUUUGUUGUGAAAUGUUUCUGUUUAUCAGUUGAAAAGUUAGGACUUUAUAUUUUUCUAAAUAUAUCUAUGAGAAGGAUUAUAUGUAUUUGAAUACUGUAUGAAUAUGUCAUUGUAUACUGCGUUGUUGGUGGGAGCGAGUGCAGUGGCUUCGUAGUGUUUUGAGCAUGUUUGCACAGCCUACCACACACCUGUACCUUCACAGACCUGGUGAAAAGAAUCAUGACUAUCAAUAAAAUAUACUUAAAUUUG